AUUAUCGCACAUACAAUAGCCGUGAUUUCAAAUAAAUUUAAAUCUCACUUGUUGAUUGCUUAUUUACAGUUUUUAAGUCAUAGUUGUUAGUGUUUUUAAUCGGCAUUUUGUAAACUGUGGGCGUGGGUCCCGUGGGUAGAUUCGAAAUCGGUUCUGUGCGGUAAUGGAAAUUGUAUCUACAUAAAAUAAACGUACGUCUGCCUCAAAAUGGGUUGUACACAAAGUGAAAUUUCCCCACAAAAUGAAACCCCUCGAAAAGGCUGUACUGAUGUAUUGUGGCUAGUUAUUUAUGUUAUUUUCUGGAUAAUAAUGAUAAUAAUUGCUUGUAUAUCUUUUGUGUAUGGGAACCCGCAAAGAUUAAUAAAUGGUUUCGAUUCAUUUGGAAAUACUUGUGGCGUAUCGAGCAAUAAGAAGUUGCUUAAUUUUCCACUGGCAGGCAUCAGCACUGCAGACAAAAGCUACUUAUUUUUCAUGGAUGUAAAACAACUGCGUAGAUCUCUCAAAAUAUGUGUGAAGCAAUGUCCAAACAAGAAGAUGGAGUCUUUCACAGAUAUACAAAAUUUUUACAAAGAAACUGGUUCUAAUUUGUGCAGAUAUGACAUAAAUUUAAACAAUGUAACAAGUAAACAGGAACUCCAUAAUUUCAUAGGGCCAUGCCCUACAUUGCCCGUUUACGACUCCUUUCCACUUUUAAAUAGAUGUUUCCCGAAAUCAGCCACAGACAUAGCUGAAAAGGUUUUUACAGAUUUCUAUGACUUGCUAAACAGUUGGGAUACUAUUGAACAAAUGUUGUCUGAUGUAUAUUCAUCUUGGAAAGAGAUGAUCAUUUGUGUUAUAGUUGCAUUUAUUUGUUCUUUAAUAAUGGUAUCCAUUCUCCACUUGUUGGCAUCUUUGGUGUCUUGGAUAUUUAUGAUAAUAGUGUCGAUAGCCAGUGUAGCUGGUACUGCCCUCUUGUGGUAUACAUACCAUGAAUUAAGGACAAAACAAAGAAAUUUCUCUGACACAACUAUUUUCUUAGCUGAGAGCCUAAAAAACGAAACGGCAUUUUUGUGGUAUUCAAUCAUUGCCACAAUAAUAACAGUAAUAAUCCUGCUGUUAGUAUGGGUCAUGCGUUCCCGAGUAUCGUUUUUGGCGGCACUAUUCAGAGAAACAGCACACUGCCUUGGAUCUAUUCCAGCACUAUUUCUACAGCCUAUCAUAACGUUUUUCUUCUUGAUAUUAUUUUUAACAUUUUGGUCUUUAGUUGUGGUUUGUUUAGCAACAGCUAAUUAUCCUGGUAUACCAUACAAGACAAAUUUCUUUUUUAAUGGAACUGCAAUGCCAGAUCACAUUGAUAAUGCAGCAGUUCAAGCUCAAAGUAUAAACAAUAGUGCUACUUUUAAAAACCCAAUAGAGUUUAACCCGAUGUGGGUCAAGAGCAUGUGGUGGAUGUGUCUCAUUUGCCUCGUGUGGGGCAGUGAGUUCAUACUUGGAUGCCAGCAGAUGACCAUCGCUGGAGCUGUCUCACACUGGUACUUUAGAGAAACAAACGCUCAUCCGUCUCCAGUGUUGUAUUCGAUUGGAAAGCUUUUAAAGUAUCACUUGGGAUCAGUAGCUAAAGGAUCAUUUUUGAUUACACUGUUCAAAGUUCCUCGACUUAUUCUUACUUAUUUACACGCAAAGUUGUCCUCAAGAGCUGAAAAGGGUUCCGAUUGCGCAAAAUGUGGCUUAAAAUGUGGUAUUUGCUGCUUUUACUGUCUGGAAAAGUUUAUACGAUAUUUAAACCAUAACGCGUAUACAAUCAUAGCAAUCGAGAGGUGCAAUUUUUGCAAAGCAGCGGGAAAGGCUUUCAGUACGAUAGUGAACAACGCUUUGCAAGUGGCGACUAUCAACAGCGUGGGCGAUUUUAUCUUGUUCCUCGGCAAGUGCAUAGUAACUGCAAUCACGGGCAUCAUUGGCUUGCUACUUCUGAAAAGGAACACCGACUUGCACUUCUUUGCAGUACCCACCCUCGUUAUAUGCAUUUUCUCGUUUUUCAUCGCGCACUGUAUACUGUCUUUGUACGAGAUGGUGGUGGACUCACUUUUCCUGUGUGUAUGUGAAGAUCGUAAUAUGAACGCAGAGGGUCGCUGGAAGAGUUCCCGUUUGGCGGAGCUCGGCGGGUCGAGGGACGUUGAACUGCGAGAACUUGACCAGAAAUAAAUACAUUUUCUAAUGUGACAUGUUUGAUUUAAAAUAUUAUACAUUUUUAAGAUUUACAUUAACGUUAAUGAAUUUUGAAUUAUGAAUUUUUGCUAUAUAUUGUGUGCUUCUAAUCUAAGGUUGUCUUCUUAAAUCAAUGUUUUUUUUUUACACAAUUUAUUAAUAAUUUAAGUAUACGUUAAUGAAUUUUGAAUUAUGAAUUUUUGCUAUACAUUGUGUGCUUCUAAUCUAAGGUUGUCUUCU